AUGCCAAUGUUCCCGUUCGAAAGACUUCCUUUACCCAAUUUAAAAAUAUACUCUUCUGUAAGUGUAGUGGCCCUUUCAGCCUGCAUUUAUUAUGCUGUCCAGAUUGUUAAAGAACCUUCCUGGAAUUAUACUCCAACGGUAGAGAAAAAAGAAAAUGAACCCUGGAAUGUUACUAAUCCAGAUCCUCGAACUGCGGGACAGUUUGUCUCUGAUGUUUUUACUGUUAUGAUAAGAGAACCAGUAUGUGUUUGGACGAUGAUCAACAUGGCCAUUUGUUGGUUCAUUCUACUGGGUAGGGCAGUUCAAAAACUGGUCUUCGGAGAACUAAGGGUCUCCGAACAACAGCAGCUCAGAGACAAGUUCUGGAACUUCGUAUUUUACAAGUUCAUCUUCGUUUUCGGCAUUAUCAAUGUCCAGUACAUCGACGAAGUGCUUCUCUGGUGCUCAUGGCUUUCUUUGCUCGGCUUUUUGCAUUUGCUGUCACAGUUAAGCCAAGACAGAUUUGAGUAUUUGUCCUUCUCUCCCAGAACACCGUUUUGGAGCCACGUCAAGCUGAUGGCUCUAUUGGCUGCUAUAUUUGCCCUGUCGGGAUUCAUGUUUGUGGUGUCUAUUUUCGUCGGAUUCUUCGGCGGACUCAAUACGUUCUUCUUUAUGUUCUACGAGGUACUGCUCUUGGCCAUUCGUACCCUUCACGUGAUCAUCCGGUACGCGUUUCAUCUGUACGACAUGCGGAACGAAAACAAUACUCCCACCACCGGCGAGGACAGUAAAGCCUUAGACAAACGAGGACCGGUGUCCUAUUACUUUGAACUUGGCUUCGACCUCACCGCACUUCUCAUUGAUCUAAUUCACCACCUCCACAUGCUUUUCUUGAGCAAUAUUUUCUUGUCCAUGGCCAGCCUCGUCAUUUGUAUGCAGCUCAGACUAUUAAUUCAUGACAUACAGAGCAAAUUCAAAAAGCACCGGAACUAUUUGUGGGUCAAGAAUCACUUGGAACAAAACUACCCUAUGGCAACCGACAAAGAGUUGCAGGAAAACUCAGACAAUUGUGCCAUCUGUUGGGAAAAAAUGGAAACUGCCAGAAAACUGCCGUGUGCUCAUCUCUUUCACAACACUUGCUUAUUGUCAUGGUUGGAACAAGACACUUCCUGUCCAACUUGUAGAAUGACCUUAAACAUCCAAAGUCCUUCUGUUGCCAGUCUGGAACCUCCAGAAAUACAGGUGGAACCUCAAGAGAACACGCGAAGACCGUUCAAUCACUUUUUCCAUUUCGAUGGUUCAAGAUAUGUAUCCUGGUUACCGAGUUUCUCCGUGGAAGUCAGCAACGCCCAACCGAUACGUCAAAACCACAUUUCCGCUUCUAAUUCCCAAUUAGAUGCGAUGGCAAGACAAGUCCAGACCCUAUUUCCUCAUAUCCCCAUACCGACCAUAAUCGAAGACUUACGAGUGACCCGCUCGGUUGAAUUGACCAUUGAAAACGUACUAGACGGAAGGUUGGUGGCGCCACCUAUGUUUAGAGAUUUGGACAUCGAGCAGUCGGCUAGUCGAAAUCCCAUCUCGUUGCUUAAUUUUAACGAUCCAGAGCCUAGUACGGGGAACUGGGAUGAGUUUAGUAAUGACACCGUUGAAGUGGAAGACACAGUGCCGUUGGGUAGCCGCUUCUCGAAAUCUUCAACGGAACGCGAGAAGAUCCUUCAAAGAAGAAAGGAACAGCUGAGACAUCAAGCCAGGAAGCGCUACAUCGAGAAGCACAGAGCAGCUGUAUCGGUCAAGGACGAACUUCAAAGUUGA